AUGAACAUCCCAUCGAAACCAGAGGACAAAAGAUCUUGGUACGGUUUCCAUAAUGCACGUCCAAAGUGGCUGCAGUUCCUCAACACCCCAAAAUGGUUUCUGUUUUUUCUGACUCAGUCUUAUUUCACACAAAGUUGUGUGAUUACUGGCCUGUAUCCUGGAAUUGCAAGCACUAUAGAGAAACGCUUUGCAUUUUCGAGGUAAGAUUUGCCAAAUUUUGUGAACAGGAGAGCGAAUAGCUAAGACCGGCCUAAUAGGCCUUAAUCACGAUACCCUCCAUCUUUGCACGCGCUUUUGGAUUGAUGAGAUGAAAGCAAUAGGGAGGUUAAGCACAGACGUUUGUGAGCGACGCAUGUUAACCGGAAGUGGACUUUUUCAUUCUCAGGCAAUGAUCUUGCCUGUGUUUUCGGGCAAAUCGUCUCUGUAAGAGUAAAGAAAAGACAGCUGAAAAGAAUCUGUUUCGAAUUUUUUCCUCGCCCUCUUCUUUUUCCAUUUGCCUUUCUUUUUAUAGGCACUUUUCUUGCCCACUUUGUCGUCUUUUUUUCGCAUGAAAUUCAGCAAAGGAAGAAAUUUAAUCUGUAAAGAGUAGUAGCUAAAUAGCAAAUUGGUAGUAGAUUUUUUUCCCCAAAUGUUGCUUGUUUUUUUGUCUGUAACUGUCAGGAUUGGUAAAAAUUUACUAAAUAAGGUACCAGUGGAAAGCUCUAUCCUCGCUGAUUUUGCUAAUUACCAUCUUAAAAGCUUUAAUGGAAAAUUUAAUGGGUCCAGGAAGAAUAAUAUACAUGGGUCCAUAUGGACCCGAAACGGCGAAAGCGGACGACAAGUAAGCUCCUUAAUGUCACGUGGUAUCUCAGAGGGCAAGUAGACAGCAAAAUUCGUUAAAACGUUUUUCAAAAUUAUUUAACUCUGAGCCAGUUUACCAUAUUUUGUCCUUUGCCAUUUUCAGUAUAAUUUACUAAUGUCCUUUUAAACAUUUUGAAGAACUGGAUAUGCAUUUGAGCUCAACAGAAUUGAAACGCGAUCAAAAUUAAUCUAUGCCUUCAAAAGCACUUUAAUUACCACCGAUGUAUAGUGGUCGCAGAUACUGUGAAAAGUUACUGAAGUUUGCGACAAACACGCCCAAAACAAACAAUGACCUAAAUCCAGCUGAUACCACCCUACCACCCCCUCUUUUAUGCGACCACCUUCAUUUCGUCGACCCAGUCAUUUUCCACCUGAAAACCUUGAUAGUACCACUCCCUUAGGUAAUCGCAAAAACUAAGCUCGCUGAUUUGGUGAUUUUGAGCCCAGUUUUUAUUGACAUGGUAUUUGCUCAUUGCGUCCUUGUUCCCUUCUAUGCUGAUUGGAGAAAAAAAAUUAAUUUGAGUAUGUCAAUGCAUUUAGCUUUGAUAAUUACUAAUUGGAAAAGGUAUUUUUACGUCUCCAGCUGGAGACGGGACCGUGAUUUUACGUGGUCAUCCGAGCCACGCGAAAGUCUAGCCGCUUGCAGUGUAAGGGGAGUACUUUCAUUUCUCAGUUAUUUUAAUACUCUGAGUAUUGGUCUGGCCCGAGUAGCCGAACCCACGACCUCUCGCACUGCAGUCAUGCGCUCUAAACCGACAAAGCUAAUCCUGCCGCGGUUAAUCUGUUUAAAUUUAAUCUUCGUUUCUAAAUGAACAGCUUCAAGAUAGGAAUGAUCCUGAGCAGUUAUGAAAUAGCCACGGUGAUUGUUACUCCGUUCAUCAGUUUCUUUGGAGGCUCGCGUAAGAAACCAGUAUUUUGUGGUAUUGGUUUGUUCAUUAUGGGCGUGGGAUUCUUCAUCUUCACUGUUCCUCAUUUCAUCUCGUCACCAUACCAACCUGGUAAGUAGUGCACAGACUACUAGAAAACUAGUCGAUUUGCAGACGCUUUAUUUCUAAAGAUUGAUUUGCAUAGGGACUUGCUGUUUUUUGUAUCGUUGUUCCAAAAAGCUGGAAUAAACAUUCGUGCGUAUUUUUUUUUUGGCAGGAACACACAACCCAGCGAUCCUUUAGCUGAAUAAAUUCGAACCUCUAUUUGUGACCACCUCUCUGUCGUAAUAGACCAUCUCCCAUAAGCGACCACCUAUCCAAAACACCAACAUUUUCACAGUCAAAGCAUAUAGUUGGAGCUCCUCGUAAAGGACCACCUCAUGUAAGCGAUCUCGACCACAGUUUUCGGAGCAGACGGUUUAAUAAUUUUCCAUUGUUUUUUAACCUCCUGUUAGCGACCACUUGACGCAUGGCUUCAUCUCUAUGCUCGCUGUAUGUACUAAACUACUUGGAGUAUACGAAAAAAUUUUAGUGAACGAAAGGAACUACACGUAUCGUAACUUAGAAAGUAGAUGUGCAGGACCUCUUCUCCGAAGAAACCACUGUGGUUCGAUUCUCGUACAAACACCUUCCUUAACAGACCAGUAAGUAUUUGCAUUUUGGGUGGUCGAUUACGACUGUAAUAACAAUGUACGUUUCCAUUUCUUUGUUUCAUUUCCAGCCAGCAAUGAAACAAUCCAUGGGCAAGUCUUCUGUGGAGAUAAUGUUACUACUUCUGACAAAAAAGCACACUGUGGAGAAAGCAGACGAGAAGGAAACAGUCUAUAUUACGCAUUGUUUAUUUUGGGUAUGGUUAUAGGUGGAAUUGGUAACUCUCCAUUAUACGUGCUAGGGGUGCCUUAUCUGGAUCAGAACGUCAAAUCUAAGUUCUCACCUAUGUACAUGGGGAUUUUGGUUGGUUUUGGCGGAAUAUUAGGUAAGGCAAACCAAGACAAUUUUUUUAUUUUCUUUGCAAUGGAAACAAGUUCUUAAUUCCUUGGUAGGAAAUAAUCGUUUUUGACUCCACGAAUGCUUCAGAAAUAUCGAUUCAGCUUCGGUAGUUCUAAUUAUUAAGCAAGAGGCCAUUACGUCACUGCAUAUAACACCCUGAGGAAAAUGUUGUUUUGCUGUAGACAAUGCUCUCCUCAUGCGCAGUUUGGCUCCCGUAUUCUGGGGACAUUGACAGUUCCGAACUUCCCAAAUAAAUUACAAAACAAAACAAGCAUACCAAUUGAAUAAUGAAACAAACAUUGUACUUGUUUCUUAAAAUAUCGUGAUUUGUCAGAUCAACUAUUUCCGCCUGCCCUCGUCAUUGAAAUGCUCGUCACUGACAAGUCUGGGGGCGAUUAAACGUCAUUCAAUUGGCCAUGUUCUAAAUGGCGAGGGUAAUGGUACGAUCGUUUGAAGGGACAACAAAACCACAGCGAAUAGCAGCAAGCUACCUUUUAAAGAAGCUCUUACGGUUAUUAUAACUGAGAAAAGGCAUAUAGACUGUACCUGGUAAUUUAGGGUCUUUAGGAAUUCUGUAACAGUGAAGAUUAAUUACAUUUCUGAAACUAUUAUAGCUUGGAACACAGCAGUUACAGUGCACCAUGUUUUUUGAGCCUCAUGCUGUCCCUCCAAACGACCUCAAGAAGCUUUGUGAUCGCAUAUCGUACCUAGUUUUUUACUCGUUGAGACCACGGUGCAUUACAGUUCACGUACUGUUUAAAAAACGAGCAGGAGUAUAUUAUCAGGUUUAAAAACUCGAGGCGAAACCGAGAGUUUUUAAACUUGAUAAUACACGACCGCAAAUUUUUUGAACGGCUUCAAAAUCUCUGAUAUAAAUCAACUCAUUCUUCCACCAAUAUUAUAUUUGGGGUUAUUUUGGUGUAAAAAAUUAGACAAAAAGUUUAGCCGUGUCUUUUUUCAUAUAUAAAGGCAGUCACUAAACAUUAAUUUCUCUUGCUUUUUUUUUCUUUUUGAAUUAGUAAUGAGUUUUUGAAUGGUCAUUUAUUUCAGGGGCCGUCGUGGGUUUUGCGCUCAGUUCUAUUUUCCUUUCACUGUUUGUGGAAACUAGCGUCCAGACCUCCCUCACUCCACAAGAUACAAGCUGGGUUGGUAAUUGGUGGCUAGGAUUUACCAUAUUUGGAGGAUUUGCCGUGUUCUGGAGUCUAUGGCUAUUCGGUUUCCCUAGAAAGCUUCCCGUGACUCAAGCUCGAAGGGAGUCAACUCCUCUAAUAGACGCCGAUGUAGGUUAAUAUACGACGUAUUACCAUUAAUACACACACCUAAGGAGCUUAAGCAAAGGGUUUUUGAGCGACGCACGUCAACCGGGAUCGAGGCAUGUUCCCUUUUUAAAAUAUGCCUUGAUGUUACCAGAUUUGUAUUACCAAGUUUCUUAUAGAGACGAUUUGCUCGAAAUUUUGGGCAAAACCACUGCCAAAGAAACGUCCACUUCUGGUCGAGGGGCGUCGCUCAAAAACGUCUUUGCUUAAGCUCUCUUCUGUUUUCUCAGUUGUACUUAGAUCUAGGUACGAACCUCAUCUGUUACUCAAAAAGUGUGGCAUUUCUCAGUUUACACGGUUAGCUAGAGUUGGUCACCGCGCCUUUUUUAACUGCGGUACCAAAACUGUGAAACAAUUUGUAAGUUAGUAUUCAUAACGAGAAAAAUUUUAAUAGUUUUAAAACUUUGCUUAAUAGGCAUCUUUUAAAAUUUGUUUUUAUGAGUUUUUAAUCAUGUAGUUUUAGCUUUUGAUAGGUUUUUGUAUUGAUAUGUGAUGCGCAUUUGAUCAUAUACAUGUGUUGAUUUGCGUAAUAUCAGUACUUAAUCGAUAUCAUCACUGAUUGUUAUCAGCUGUUCGUUCGUUCUGAUGAAGGGUUGGUUCUCUUCAUUUGGACCACUAUGUAACGUUUUCACUCACGUGGCCAGGAACUAUGCAAAUUUAUUGGAACAAAAGAAAGCGUUUACGUAAAAAAAUAGUUCACCUCCCACAGGAUUGGUUUGCGACACCAACAUGUCCACCGUUUCAUUGUUUUCAAACACCGAUGUAUGGCCGCCUCGGCUUCGUGAGAAAACGCUCUUUACAUUAUCAACUCAACUGAUGAAACAAUUUCAAUGUCAAUGACAUGCCCUUGAUCUUUUUUUUCAGCUUGUAACCACUGAUGUUGCCGAAUCGUACACUAGGCUCUCAGACUUUCCAAAAGCCACGAAACAGGUUUUUUGUCGCCUCCCGUUUGUCUUUAUUACCAUAGGUGGAUGUACGGAAAGUUUAAUCGCUACUUCCAUUGGUGCGUUUGGCCCCCAAAUACUCGAGUCACAAUAUUACGUACCUGCUGGCCGCGCUGCAUUGUUGUUUGGCUUAGUGACCGUGUCUGUAGCCUUAUUUGGCCAUAUGCUUGGUAAGUCGAUCAGAGUGAAUGGGACUUAAAUAUAUUCUUGGUUUGCACCCACGUGACAAGGCGGCCAUGUUGCAUUUUAGGUCAGUACAAUAGAAAAAUUAUUGAAAAUUAGCGUUUAGUUCCCAGAGGAGAGAAAAGCUUUUGUUCUUGACCACCAACAUGGCCGCCGUGACGUCACGUGGAAACCAGCAAUUGUAUUAUAUAUUGUCCGCGACACAGUCCAUUUUUUUCUUCAGCAAUACAAAAUCACAAACGAAAGUCAUGUUGUUUGGAGAAAUGUAAGCGAAGUAGCCAUUAUUUUGGCAAUAAAUUAAGACUGGCGACUUUCGUCUAGCCUGGGAGCGUAAUGUAGAGAGAAGGGGCGGAUCUGGCAACUAUUCCUUUUCUUUUUUGUUGCUUCUCCCGUUCCCGUUUGCUUUCUCUUUCUCGCCUUUUGUUUUGCCAUAGCCUCCACGACCGCAACAGAGCCUGCUCCAAGAUCAAACGGCUUUUCCAUUUCCUUUGUCGCUGGGUGAUUUCAGUCAUUUUCUUUAAUUCAAGAAGCAGGGACAAUUGACGCUUCGCCACAAAGGGGGAGUACAUAAAGAUACAAGACAAAGCGAUAACACUCCCCUAUCUCUACCCGCUUAUACAUGAUUGCGUAAAGCUCACGCAAAAAAAUCCCCUCAUCCAAAUUAUAGUUUUCUUAAAGCCAGUGACAAACUCAUGAUUGAAAGUGAAGACUUCCAUCUGAAAUACGCAUAUUUAUUGCUUUUUUAGGAGCUUACAUCAACAAACGAUUGAACUUAAGCCUGUCAGGUGCUGCCAAGAUGUGUUUUAUAGCUGCGUUUAUAAGUCUUACGCUAACUAGUUUCCUGUACAUCAAAUGUGAUGCGAUAGACAUCGCUGGAGUCAAUAAACCUUACCCUAAUAGGUGAGCAGACUGCCGCUGCUUAUUCGAGAAAUGGCUUCUGUAGAUGGUUUUCCAGAUGAAUUUCUACAAAAAAAAAAUCUGCUAUUUUUCUUGGUUGCCAUGUGAUUGGCUUAUUAAAACUUUGCCCCAUUCCAGCCGUGACUUGGUCGCAAGCGUUUUCCCGCGCUCCGUACCGGUUUCUGAUUUAGUUACCGCUGGCAAGACAAGGGUGCCUUAAGCUGGAAAAAGCAACUUCUAUGUACUUGUGUAACCCCUGGGGGCUAAGUUUUAUAAGGGGAGGUUCCGCCACAGGAUCCAAUCCCUUACCUUUUUAUAUACCAUUUUUGACAGAUAAGGGACUUCUCUCGUAUACCUCUUAUUGACCAAAUGUUACCCCUGAGUACUUUGUUUAGAAUACUGUGACCCUUUUAGCUGCUAUAAAUGCACUUUCUUUGAAUAUGAAUAAAUCACUAGAUCUCGAAGUUUUCUUGACGUUUUCACUGCCACAAAAUGCGUCUGUUAGCGCCUUUAGGUCCUUUUGCAGAAAUGACAGAUUUUCUUACCUUUUUAUACACUUCGAAUAGUGAAAUUCCUAACCUUUCGAAAACCUGAAGCCUGAAAAAGGAACUUUACGGCUUUCGGACGGAGUCUAACCGUAUAGGUCAUCAUAGGGAGUGCCUCCAGUGUUUUAAAGACCAUUUUAUUUUUAGGACGAUUUAUGAGCGAAUUUAGAAUGUCGUUAUCAUUCCCCAAACCAGUUGGGAAAACCUACUGGCCUGAAAAUGGUAUUUCUUGGCGUUUUAACGACGUUCAGUUUCGAAUGCGCAAAUAGACGGAGCGAAGCUUCCAUUUGCCCGGGAUAAAGUGCUCUAAAAUAUGUUCUAAAAAUAAACGGGUCUGUGAAAACGCUGUAUGGCCCUUGCCAUAUGGAAAUUGCGCCAUCCGGAUUUAUUAUCGGCUUUUUAAAAGACUUCAUCUGAUUACUGAGCGUCAUGUGACUGGCCAGAGUGAUAACCUUGCUAAACUCAUUUUGAGUUCGCUCUAAAUAAGUUAUUUGUUGAAUGAGUUAAAAAAGGUUAAAUGAAUCAAUAGAGAUUUCCCUAUUUUAUUGUGUUGUUUAAUGACAAAUAUGAACAGCUUUUUGUUUCUCACUGUUACAAAAAAACCUUUUUUUCAUUUGGCGCAGUUCAGUAACAUUUCAGAAGAACGCCAUUUGUAACGAAACCUGUCAUUGCAACGAAGGAAGAUUUGAGCCUGUUUGCGGGGAUUCGCUGACCUUCAUCUCACCUUGCCAUGCUGGCUGUCGUCAAAGCAACCUUUAUAAUGAGGUACGUAAAGCAAUUGUAGGUGGGUGUCAUGUGGCCGCUGCAGUUUGUCUUGACACGCAACGCUUAUCUUUGAAGGCGAAAAGCGUUGCGUGAUGAGACAAACAACGACUACGUGGGAUACUAUUCAAAGGGGUGAUCUGCGGCUAUUCUACCAAUUUUCAUUGGUCACUAUAUUUGCUCGCAGCGUUUAUCACCAAAAGCUGCAAGCAAAUAUAAAUCAAGUUGUUUUGUGAAGCCAAAGACAGCCAUCGUAAACGGACCAAAUUGCCCCGAUUAAAUAGUAUUUCCUUUUUUUCUGUUUUCAGACUUCUUCCUCCUAUACAAACUGCUCGUGCGUCAAAUCCGAAAACGAUCCAAUCGGAAAAGUUGGGAAGGGUUUAUGUGAAGCAAACUGUGAGAUCCAGUUAUCUCUGUUCCUUCUUGUGUUGUGUUCCAUAACUUUUUUCACAUUCAUCAAUGAUGUCCCUGCUUUGAUAGUAACACUAAGGUAUGCUAAAAUGAGAAAGAGCCGGUUGUGGUGGUGGUGCUUGUGUGAUUGAGCAAUAAAGACAAAGUAGUAAGACAAAACUGUUGCGUUGUAAGGAGGUCAUACUUUUUAGGAAAUAAUGCUUUUCUUUAGCAACUUGUUUUUUUUCGCUAUGACGAAUUUACUUUUACUGUGUCCUGCUUACGCGUUAUUACAGCGUAACUUUAAUCAUAGCCAUUGCGCUGGAGAAUAUUCUUAGUACAUGCAGUGUAUCCAGUAGUUUUUAUAAACUUGUGUAGCGUAAUUCCAUCCUUUCUUCCUUUCUUUCUUCAUCCAUCCAUCCAUCCAUCCAUCCAUCCAUCCAUCCAUCCAUCCAUCCAUCCAUCCAUCCAUCCAUCCAUCCAUCCAUCCAUUCAGCCAGCCAGCCAGCCAGCCAGCCAGCCAUCUGUCCAUCCGUCCGUCUGUCCGUCUAUCCAUCCAUCCAUCCGUCCAUCCGUCUAUCCAUCCAUCCAUCGGUCCGUCCGUCCGUCCGUCUGUCCGUCCGUCCGUCCAUCCAUCGGUCCGUCCGUCCAUCCAUCCAUCCGUCCGUCUGUUUAUCCGUCUAUCCAUCCAUCCAUCCGUCCGUCCGUCCGUCCGUCCUUCCGUCCAUCCAUCCAUCUAUCCAUCUAUUCAUCCACCCGUUCGUUUGUUCAUUCAUUCAUUCAAUCAAUUAGGAGUAACUAGUUCUUUUUCCCUUCCAGGAGCAUUCCAGUUGGUCAACAGCCAUUGGCCCUAGGUCUGCAAUCUGAUAUAGUUAAGCUUGCUGGCACUGUUCCUGGUCCUAUCAUAUUAGGAGCACUGAUAGACAAAACCUGCAUCUUUUGGGACAAAACGUAUGUUCUUAUAUUAAAACUCCUGUCUUCCAUAUUUGCCGGUAUGCCAUUGACUUAAACGUUGUAAAUAUUAUUCUGGCAUCAGACUCAUUGCCCUAGCUGUAUAGUUUUAGUAUAUACCUCUCAUCAUCAUCGUCUCAUCACUAGCCUUCCCCGUGACCUUCGCUGGGUCUGUUAGUAUACAUAUUUAUCCAUUGAGAAGGAAGAAGUACUGUGGACAUUACAUUAUACUGUUUUUAAUCUUAAUUCGAUCUUUUAUUAUUUAAGGUGCGGUGAAAAUGGCUUUUGUCAUGAGUACGACCACAGAGGACUGGCACUAGUGGUGUUGGCAGUUAUUAUGACAUGCAAAGUUAUCACUACUACGACUUUCUUUUUAUCGUGGUUUUUUAGUCGCCGAGACGCUGAAAGCAGACAUGAUACAACAAACAAUCAAGAAACUCAUUUUUAG